UGCAGUCUUCAGUUGUCAUCAGACCUUCUCGAAGGAAGUUGGUGCCUCAGACGCAGACACGACCACAACACAUUUCAGGCCUUCCCAGCAACAAGAACUUUUCGAAAACAACAGAAACCAGUUUCAAAUUGGGGAAGAAAGAGCAUCUGCUCUUCUCCUACACCUCCGUGUGUGAACUCUCAAUCCAUUCAUUCCAAUUGGCAUUGAACUGAAUUCAAUUGAAUUAGCAAAACUGCAUGCGUGCAUGGUGGCGACAGAAAAUAAAGUUCCGUUACGUUGUCAAUCGAGUUUGGGUCGAACGAGACUGAAUCCAAGCGACCAAUUUGUCGAGGGACUAUUUUGGACCUCAAAGUGUGGCAUAGCAAAAUCCAAAUUAAUAGACGGCUUGGGUUCCGUGCUCGAGAUUUCAUGGAACGGUCGUGAACAAAGAAAUGACGCUGUCGUCGUGCCGGAAUAUGAAGAGGCAUUGUGCGUCAUGAUCUUGUGAAUCAUAUGCAAAUUCAUGGUUUAAAGUGAUAUAUAUUUUUUGAAUUGAGCACCAUUUGAUUGGUUUGUGAUUGAUUAUUGGUUUGACACAUAUUGUGGAUUGGACAACACGACAGAGUUUCAUACUAGAUAAUCAUGGAUGGAUAUCACCGUCAAGGAUUCGCGUUACUCCUGCUCACCCUUUUCGCGUUUGCCAAUUCAGCUCUUGGCUGCGGGUAUCCUGGAGCACCCGCGCAUUCCGCACUGACUUUUUCCGGUCCGGAAUUGAAGGAGGGAGUCAUCGCCACGUAUGCCUGCGAAAGAGGUUUCGAACUCCUGGGGCCUUCGCGACGAGUUUGCGGUGAGGACGGAACAUGGAGUCCGGUCGGAAUCCCCUUCUGCGUUCUGAAUGUUGCAGCAGGAAAGGCGCCGAUGCAGUCGUCGGUGGCUGGAACGGGCGUCCCACAAAAAGCGGUGGAUGGCUCAGCUGCCAACUUUUUCAACCCGGCCACGUGCACUCUCACCCAGCCGGAAAGAGCUCCGUGGUGGUAUGUCAACCUGCUGGAGCCAUACAUGGUUCAACUCGUACGCCUUGAUUUCGGCCGCUCCUGCUGCGGCGACGACCAAGCUGCGACGAUCGUGGUGCGCGUGGGCAACAACCGACCCGACCUCGGAGUCAACCCCGUCUGCAACAAGUUCACGGGCGUGAUCGAGGAGGGCAAGCCGCUCUUCCUCCCAUGCAACCCUCCUCUCGCGGGGGCCUUCGUCUCCGUUCAACUCGAAAGCCCACCCGGCAAUGCGCUCUCAAUUUGCGAAGCCUUCGUCUACACAGACCAAGCCUUGCCCAUCGAGAGAUGUCCCCAUUUUAGAGACCAGCCACCAGGAAGCACGGCCACGUACAAUGGCAAGUGCUACAUCUUCUACAGCCAGCAGCAACACCGAUUCGAGGAGGCGCGUCAGUUUUGCGACGCUCGGGGUGGGUCCUUAGUCGACGACAGCAACCCCGCACUGCAAGGUUUCUUGAGUUGGGAGAUGUGGAGGCGUCACAGGUCCGACCCCACGGCGCAGUACUGGCUGGGAGCCGUCCGAGAUCCCAAGGACACGAACAACUGGAAGUGGUUGAAUGGUCGCGACGUGUCCGUGUCCUUCUGGAACGUGCCCACUGGUCGAGGAAACUGUGCUCGCUUCGACGGAGCCAAGGGAUGGCUGUGGUCGGACACGAAUUGCAACGAGGCGCUCAAUUUUAUCUGCCAACAUGGUCCGAAGGGGUGCGGUCGUCCCGAACAGCCUCCAAAUUCCACCCUCUUGGCCACCAGUUUGGAAGUGGGAGCUGUGAUUGAGCAUCGCUGCGAUGCCGGGCACCUCCUCGUUGGACCCGACUCGAGAACUUGUCAACCCAACGGAUUCUACUCUGAAUUCCCACCCGUGUGUCGAUACAUGGAAUGUGGCUUCCCCGCACAAGUUCCCAAUGGUCACUACACCUUCCUCAAUGGGACACGCGGCUACAAGAGCAUCGUCCGCUACUCUUGCGACGAAGGUCACGUCAUGGUCGGACGGAGCGACUUGAUGUGCGACAUUGACCAAAAGUGGAAUGGCCCUCCGCCCAGAUGCGACGUCCUGGUCUGUCCAGAACCACCCCCAGUUCCCAACGGGGCUUCCAAGGUCAUCCAGAGGACGGGCAACUCGCUCACGGUGGAGUACGAGUGCGACCCCAAGUUCACCAUGUCAGGACCCAAGCGACUUGUUUGUGCGGAUGGCAGCUAUGACCAACCCCCACCCGUCUGCAAGGGCAAGCCCGGAGUUGCACCUCCAGUCCUCAUUGUGAAGACGGAAGCAUCAACGACGACUCGAGUUUCUACGACGCCCACUUCAGGGUCAACUUCCAGCAGCAGCAGCACAAGCAGCAGCACAACGGCCAACACUGGGCCCCAGCACGAGGAGGACGAGUAUUCGGAAGGUCACUAUGACGAAGGGUCUCAGGAGGAGGGAAGCCACAACGGGAUCGAGGAAGGCAGUUCUUCGGGACAAGAGGACACUCAAACGGUCAUCAGCGUGGUGACCAACACGAAUUCGAACAGCGGAGACAUUGAGCCCUCCAAACCUGGGCCUGGGCUGGGCGUGGAAACGGAGCUGGAUGACAACGACGUUUCUGAAAGCAACCAGAUUCUGAAAGCCAAAAGGCCAAAUGUAGACUCGCCAAAUUCGAUCGAAAUCCAACAUCGCGAGUCAGCCGUCGCCAGGCUCAAUUUGGGAGGCAUCAUAGCUCUCGGCGUAUUUGGUGGUUUCAUUCUCCUCGCCGCGAUUGUGACGAGUAUCAUUCUCCUCAUCAGAAGGAGUCAAGUGAAGGGAAAGCAUGAGCGUCACCGUGGAUCUCCCGACAGCCACACGAUCACGUCGGUGGACUCUGGAUCCGACGCGGGCCUUGGGCGCUUGUACCGGCGAGCGUGGGAUUCUCUGGCGGCGACGGGAGGCCCACCCACGGCGUCGACCACUGUGACGGACAAGAGCAGGGGGAAGGUGCCGCGGGACACGUUGGACUACAGGAGCAGGAUGUCGUCCGUGGAAGGGCUUCGGGAUGAGGGGGAGAUCAUCGUGCAUGACGCCUUGCCCACCAGGAAGCCACACCACCACCAUCAUCACCACGGUCACCACCACCACUUUGACGGGGUCGGAGGUGGGAGCGAGUGGGGUCGGUCUGUCAGGUCACACAGGAGUAGAUACUGAUACGUAUAGAGCGUAUACAUCAUAGAGCAUAUACGAUCAUGUGUAUGAAUUGGCUAGUAAAAAUUUGUAUACAAUAAUUGAUUGAUCCCAAAAUUGUAGAAAAUUUGUCAAUUAGUAUACCGACGCGAAUUAUUUGCAAAAAAUUUUGCCUUUGCAUUAUUCCUCUGCCCCUUUUGGAGCCGUACUUUUGUGCCCUUCUCCAUGAAUGGGAGCAGCCGUACGAGUAAGUAGAGUAAGUAAAUCUUAGGCCCUAGUCUACCGUGUAGGUAUUUACCACUUAGCAAGAGAUCAGUUUGUCUAACGUUUAUUUAUGCCCAAAUUUACAAAGGAGAGAAAGUAAGUAAUUAAACGAGCGAGGUUGUGGAUAUUCCAUGAAUGCCAUCAAAUUCUUUAUUAGUUGUAUUUUAUAAGCUUUAUUUUCAUGUUGCAUAAAAAAUCAAUGUAAAAUAAAUAUAUUUUAUUACGUGGUUUAAUAUAAAAAUUGAGCAGCUGAGGUUUUACAAUAGUUGUAGAGAGCCGUUGAUUGUUGACUGAUUUGAAGUAGCGUUUUUUCUGACCGAAAUGACCUCUGACCCCGUCGUCCUCAUCCCACUCGACCACACGACAAUGUGCAACACAUGCAAUGUAACCUACAAAAUGUAAUAGUAUAACUCGGUGAUGUGGUCAAUAUUAGUUAAUCUGAGUUCAUUCGCAUAGUGAUGAUUUUUAUAUUUGUGUGCAAGCCAUUUGUAUUUUUUGCCCGUGCCAGGGUUUAUUUUAUUUAAUGAUGACAAUGAAAAAAUGAUGGACAAACCAUAAGAUUCUAAAUAAUUCUGUUCUGUUUUAACAUGUGUAUGUUUUUUUUGCUUCCUAUUGUAUGUUGGUUAAAGAUUUCUGAAUAAUAAUGAUAAUGCUACAAUGCC